AUGAUAGAUCAAGUUAAAGUAUUGAGUGGUACAGCUCAUAAAGAAUUUGCAGAACAAUUAUGUAAACAGUUGAAUAUAGAAUUAGGAAAAUGUGAUUGUGGUAAAUUUUCAAAUGGAGAGACAAGAGUAAUAGUUGAUGAAUCUAUAAGAUCAAAAGAUGUAUAUAUUGUUCAACCAACUUGUAAUAAUAUAAAUGACAAUAUAAUGGAGUUGUUGGUGAUUGUCGAUGCUGUUAGACGUGCUUCAGCAAAACAUAUUACAGCCGUCAUUCCAUUUUGGUCAUAUGGUAAACAAUGUAAAAAAGAGGCUGGUCGUCAACCAAUCGUUACAAACUUUUUAGAAAAAUGUGGAGUACAACGUGUAAUAUCAAUGGAUUUAGAGGCACCACAAAUAUCAGGUUUCUUUUCAAUCCCAGUUGAUAAUUUAUAUGCUGAACCAUUGAUUGUAAAGUAUAUUGAAAAACAUAUAAAAGGUGAACGUGUCGUAGUCAGUCCAGCAGUCGAUGGGGUAAAGAGAGCCAAAUUGGUUUCAGAUAAAUUAAAUUGUGAUCUAGCCAUUUUAGAUAGACAAUCUAAAGAAUCUCUUGAUGAUAUGGUUCUUGUUGGUGAUGUUUCAAACAAAGUUGCUAUUAUCAUUGGUAGUAUUGCUGAUACUUGUGAAACAUUGGCAUUGGGAGCAAAAGUUUUAAAGAAAAGAGGAGCUUUGGAAGUUUAUGCAUUGGUAUCACAUGGAGAAUUGAGUGGAUCAGCCAUUGAAACUUUAAAUCAAUCAGAGUUGAAAGAGUUGGUCAUUACCAAUUCCAUUCCAACCAAUGAUAAAGUAAAACAAUGUCCAAAGAUUAAAGUAAUCAAUGUUGCUCCAAUGUUUGCUGAAGCUAUUAGACGUAUUGUUCAUGGUGAAUCUGUAACUGCUACUUCAAAUAAAUUUACCAUUUUAUAA